AUGGCUUUCGUCGAGCUGGCGACAAAUCGGAACUUUGCCACCCAGCCUGACGCCUCCUCCUUCUCGCCCAAAUUGAACGUACCUAUCAAUUACAAAGGGUCGCCGAUACUGAAUGUCGGUCCGAAUUCCCCUGACGGAGCCCACAAGUACCCACGCAAUGAGCCACAUAGGAAGAUGAACCUUUGUCAGGCGGUCAACGAUGGCCUGAAGGUCGCUCUUGCGGCUUCGGAAGAUGUCCUUUGUUUUGGCGAAGACGUCGCCUUCGGUGGUGUGUUUCGCUGUACUGUGGGCUUGCAGAAUGAGUUUGGGCCGGACCGCGUCUUCAACACUCCAAUUACUGAGCAAGGCAUCGUUGGAGCAGCCAUAGGCAUGGCCGCGGAGGGCGCCAGACCUGUCGUGGAGAUCCAGUUCGCCGACUACGUAUUCCCCGCGUUCGAUCAGAUAGUCAACGAGGCAAGCAAAUUUCGAUAUCGAGAGGGCAAGACGGGUGCGAACCUUGAAGGUUUGGUUAUUCGAAUGCCUUGUGGCGGAGUCGGUCACGGUGCACUAUAUCACACCCAGUCACCAGAAUCGCUGUUUUGCCAUGUGCCAGGCUUCCAAAUCGUGAUGCCAAGAUCACCCACGCAGGCAAAAGGCCUGUUGCUCGCGUCAAUUCUAGAAUCCAAAGACCCAGUGAUAUUCAUGGAACCGAAGAUACUGUAUCGUGCCGCUGUUGAGAACGUGCCCGAAGGUAUGUUCACGGUCCCCAUUGGGCCUGCAGAAGUCUUGAAAGAGGGCAAUGAUCUUACCAUCAUCUCUUAUGGCAAGCCCUUGUAUAGCUGUAUGGAAGCUAUCACUGCUUUUGAACGGGAGCACACCGAUUUGACUGUCGAGCUUAUCGAUCUACAAACGAUAUAUCCAUGGGAUCGGGAGAAGAUUUUAUCCAGCGUUGCAAAGACACAGCGUGCUAUUGUAGUGCACGAAAGCAUGGUUAACUACGGUUCGCCGCAUCGCUUAGCUACUACUAUAGUACCGAGGCUAGAUAAGGUUAAAUAUUAUAACUACUAUUAG